UCAUCAACGGGGGACGACGCCGACGUAGAAGACUGGCGACGCCGAUAACUUGUGCUAAUAGCUGGUGUUUGUACUUAUAGGGAAUAAUUUUGGAAGUUUCACGACUGACCAAACAGUCUAUAUCGUUCACUGCUACAUGCUGCCUCGCUACACGGCCGUCGUCGUCAGCGUUAUCCGGUUUUGAAUGGACUAGCGUACAUUUGGACAUAAAUAAGGCGCCGUCAUGUUCCACAACAGCUCACACAGAAAAUAUUGGAUAUUUAAAAGCGAAGAGGAGUUGGACCACAUGAGACGCAAGGCUAAUCAGAAAUUCCGCAACAAGAUACUAGAAAGUGGGAAGCCCGGGGUGAGUGAGUCCAUGUUCCUUGAGCGUCAUGGGGAAGACGUCGUGUUCAGACACUAUGAGAGGAGGAUGCUGGACUUCUGCAAUGCCUUCAAACCAGCGAUGCCCAAGUCAGUUGUGGGUACAGCCCUCAUGUUCUUCAGGAGAUUCUACCUGAACAACUCUGUGAUGGAGUACCACCCCAGGAUUAUCAUGCUGACGUGUGCAUACCUGUCCUGUAAAGUAGAGGAGUUUAACGUGUCCUGCACCCAGUUUGUGGGCAACCUCCUGCAGGAGAGCCCAGCAGGGCAGGAGAGGGUUCUGGAGCAGAUCCUGGAGUUUGAGCUGCUGCUGAUUCAACAACUCAACUUUCACCUUGUCGUCCACAAUCCCUACAGACCAAUGGAGGGCCUGCUCAUCGACCUUAAGACAAGAUACCCUACUCUGGAAAAUCCAGAGUCCCUGAGGAAGAGUGCUGAUGAUUUUCUGACUCAGGCAGCCAUGACAGACGCAGGACUGCUGUUUCCUCCCUCUCAGAUCGCUCUGACAGCUAUUCUGAGCAGCGCCUCAAGAGCUGGUCUCAGCAUAGAGAGUUACCUGACUGAAUGUCUGGGACUGAAAGGGGACAAAGAGAGUCUCUCAAAGAUGUACGACGCCAUGAGACGGAUGAAAACCCUCCUAAAGAAGUAUGAACUUCCCAAAUCGGAGGAGGUGAAUGUGUACAAACAGAAGCUGGAGAGGAUUCAUGUGGAGUUAACCACUUCAAGCAACAAACGAAAGAGAGGAUACGAAGAAGAUGGUCACGUAUCAAAGGAACCACGUAUAACGGAAGAGGAAUGGACUGAUGAAGACCUGAUGUAAGCAUUCAAGCAAAGUUUUAGUUAUUAUACCACUUAAUUCCAAGGUCAAGCCAUUGUGGUUAUAUGACCAUACCUAUAGAGAAUACGAUGGAGUGGCAUAUACAGUUUACAGUGAGGUUACCUAACAGUUAAAUAAAUGUACGUUAUAUUAAUUUUCUACAAGAUGUUGUAGAAACUUGGGUUUGACUUUGUUCUGCAGCAAGAAUAAAGAUAUUUUUCUACA